ACCUAAUUUAUUGGGUAUCUUAAGUUAUUUUCAUAUUUUAGUUGUUAAUAGUGGGCCAAAAGGAAGAUAUAUUUCUAUAUUCAGUAUGCAUAAAAUUAAUUGCACAUACAUCUUGGUGAUUAAGAUGAUGCUUUCUAGUGAUAAAACUCUCUCUUGGGCUCUUUUCUUGAAUCAAGCAUCCUUUGAUCAAGCUAUGAGUUCUCUCUAUGGUUGGAGCUGGGAAGAGAACAAGAUAUUUGAGAUUGCUUUAGCAGUGAUCGAUGAAGACAAUCCUGAUCGAUGGAACGAAAUUGUGUCGAUAAUUGGAGGCAGAAAGAGUAUUGAGGAGGUUAAAAAGCAUUAUGAAUCAUUACUUGAGGAUUUGAGUAUCAUUGAAUCUGGUAGAUUGGAUGAAGAAGUUGAUGAUGAGCAAGAUUACGAUGAUCAGUGUGCAGUUUGCGCAGAGGAAGAUCAAAAGCUGCUUGAAAAACUGAGGACUGCAGAUUUCUCCGACCAAAAGCUGUUAUCACACGAGCAAGACAUAUCACAGUUCCCCCCAAGCUAAUCACUUCAUGGAUUCUUGCAAAGAAAAUAUCCGUUAGUUAGUUCAACAGGAUCAAGGAGGUGAGCACUGGGACUGUUACAUCAUCAGUAGAAGAUAUACGCUUGAAAUUUACAUUGAAGUACUAGAUCUUAUCUACUCUGUCUUGCUAGCUGAUACUGAAUUCCUACAAAUUUGAAGUUUCCGAGGUG